UUCAAGUUCAUAGUGCUGCACAGUCUCCAUAAAUAAAUCACUAUCUCUAUGAUCAAAGAAUAAAAAAAAGAUCACUAUCUCAAUAAAUAAUACACAAAUUUGUCGCACUAGGAUUAGGACUGCAACUUCAGCUGGUUACACAGCAGCGUGGUCGGCAGAGAUUUACUUCAACAAACUUUGGGGCUAGCUGCAAGUUCUGAGUGAAUGGACGUGUCGUCAAAGAUGGGUUUAGUAAAUUUGUCUCAAGAUAUUGAAGAACUAUGGAAUGAAUGGCAGAUUCGCUCAUUAAUGUUACUUGGUCUCCUUCUUCAAAUCAUCCUCACCGUUUUAGGAGAACGACGGAAGUAUACUGUUGGGCUCGGGGAUAUUCUUUGGUUAGCAUACUUGUCCGCAGAUUCGGUGGCAAUCUUUUCAUUGGGUAUCCUUGCUCGCAGCGUAGCCAACACCACAAAUCCGAACUUGAUUCCAGUGUUUUGGGCACCAAUCCUUCUAGUUCACAUUGGUGGCCCUGGAACUAUCUCUGCUUAUUCAAUGCAUGAAGUCGACAAAUUAUUGAUAAAUCACCUUCUUCAGCUAGUAACCCGAGUUGGAGUGGUUGGUUAUGUCUUGUUCAGGUUGCGAGAAAAUGCCUUCAUGUUGGUAGCCAUUCCCAUCUUUAUUUCAGGAAUGAUCAAGUAUGGUGAAAGGAUUUGGGUUUUGAAAAGAAGCAAGGAAUCCAAUAAUUUGUCACAGCAACCUUCUGCAAAACGACCUUGCAUCCCGAUUAAAGAUUUAUUAAUUUCCUCCACCGAAAGUUCAAGGGAGGUCAGAUAUCUUCAUGAAGCUCGUCUUUUGUUCAAAACUUCUAAUAAGAUGCUGUUCCAAAAUCUUGAUCUCGUCUAUUUCGAUCAAGAAAUCACCUAUUUUUUGGUUUCUGAAAAGAAAGCCGAGGGAGCCUUCCAGUUGACAGAAAUUGAGCUGGGACUCAAGUAUGAUCGCCUUUAUUCUAAGGUGGCAACGAUUUCCUGGCCUCGCUUCAUUCUCCGCUCAGUCACUUUCUUAUCCUCUAUUUUUGCUUUAGUUUCCUUCUCAAUAAUGAUAAAGAGCAAGAGUGUCUAUUCGGAAAUCGAUAGAAUUAUAUCUUACGUGUUGCUGAGUGGAGUUGUCUGCCUUGAAAGUUACUCUAUCAUUGGGCAUCUCUUUUCCGACUGGGCUAUGAUUUGGCUUAGUAGUUGGGAAAAAAAAAUUCCUAAUCUCUAUCGAACCUGUUGUCUUUCACUGCUACAAUAUUUUUCCAGGAAGCGCAAAAGAUGGUCAAGAUUAAUGGGACAACACAACCUAAUAAGUGCUCUAUCAAAGAAACCAGUGAACAACCUUCGUAAGAAGUACUUUCCAGGGAAUUGGAACAUUCAUAGCAGGGAGGGUGUGGACAAGGAUUUAAAAGAAUUGAUCUUCAAACAAGUCAUGGAUAAACGUUCAAAGUUCAAUCCUGAUACCAAUGAUUUCGCUGCCCUCCUUAAGCUAUUGGAAGAGAGAGGUUGCAGUGUGCUUCAAAGCAAGGGUUGUUUCCGUGAAUUGGGAUGGAGUGUGGAUGAUGCAGAAUUCAGUCAUAGCCUCCUCACUUGGCACAUUGCUACUCAUGUUUGCUACAUAGACGAUUCCAAGAAGAACGGUUUUGCAAAUUAUCAAAAGUGCGCAAUGAGCAGAUUAUUAUCUAACUACAUGUUGUAUCUCCUGGUUCAAUGUCCAAAUAUGUUAGCGAUGGAGCUCAGCGGAACAAGGUAUACUGAUACUAGAAUUCAUUUGCAUCGUCUCCUAUUCAUCAGGAAUACUCAUAAAGAAGCGGAGAACAACAAAAUUUCCAUAGAAGAAUUGGAUACAUUAUCGUUUACCGAAGAUCAUGUGAAAGCAUUUUUCAAUGAAUUGCUUCAAAGUCCGUCUACCAUGUUAAAACAAAUUACAGAACAAGAUGAAGAAAACUCAGCCCUACUAGAUGGUUGCAUGCUUGCUAUGUCAUUGCAGUCAUUGCAGACACUGGAUGGCUGGCCAAAUGAAAAGAAAUGGGAAAUGAUAAGUGAAGUGUGGGUGGAAAUGCUGAUGUAUGCUGCAAGUCAUUCUGGAUGGAAGCAGCAUGCUGAUGCACUUGCCCGAGGUGGGGAGCUACUCACUCAUGUCUGUCUUCUCAUGGCACAUCUCGGUUUAAGUAAGCAAUGUCCACCUGCACCAAGUGACGAUUUGGAUGCUCGGUAUAGAAGGCUUGAUGAUAUUCUCGAGACUGUCGACUCUGAGUAUGAGGUAUAGAGUACUAUCUGGGUUUUUUUCGGAUUAGUACUAUUAUUUUUAAUGCUUCAAUUCGGAUGGGGCUUUGUCAUGUACCCAUGAUUAUAUUAUGCCUUUUUGGCUCUAUGCAAUUCCUCUUCAU